GAUUCUUCCUUUCCUUUUUGUUUGACUUCCUCUUGAUUUCUUUUUGUUUUCUCUUGAUUCUUCCUUUUCUUCUUUGUUUUCUUCUGUUUGAGGAAAAUUUCUUUGAUCUUGUGGCUUGAUCUUGGCCGGUUAUCUUGUGAUGGUCGUUAGUCCCUCUGCUUCCAGUUCUAUUUCGACUUCUGCUACCGGCUCCAUUCUGGUCAUUGCUUCUAGUUUUGUUUCGGUCGUGGCUUCUGGCUCUAAUCCAAUCAUGGCUUAUGGCUCUGUUCUGGUCAUUGCUUCCGGCUUUGUUCUAUCCUCUGUUCCGGUCUCUGCCUCUGGUGGCUCUUCCGUUGCUGACGUGGGUGUCCUUCCCUCUUCUUCUGAGCUGGAGUUCUUUGAUAUUUUCUGCCUUCCCCUUAAUACGGAUGGGAAGUUUGUUGUGAAGGGUGAUUUACUCCAUGUGGAGAGGGAUCCUGUGGUUCUUUCCAUUCCCACAGAGGUUCCUUUGGUUUUUUCUUCAAAGGGUGGAAAGGUUGUUCUUCCUCUAGGAUCGACAAAGGUGUUCUGUGAUCUUGAUAAAGUGUCUUGGGUUACUAGUAGUUGUGAUGUGGAUGAGAUUAGGGAGAUUUAUAGAAAGAACUUGAUAGAUCCACGGGUUUUCCUUCCUCAACAUUCGGUGGGCCGCGCGACAUUUCAAUGCCUUCCUCAUGAUAUGUGCGUAUACAAGGACCAAUUUGCAUGUGGGUUGCGUUUUCCUUUGCAUCCUUUUUUUCUUGAGAUUUGUGAUGAAUUCUCCAUUGGCCUUCCCCAAUUGACUCCUCGUGCUAUUGCUUAUAUUGUUGCUUUUAUUGUGAGAUGUUUCCUUCUCAGGAUUACACCUACCCGUGAGCUUUUUUGUUUCUUUUUUCACUUAAAAACUGCUGAGCCCACUGGUAGUUGGUAUUAUUUUUCGCGUAGAGUGUUAGAGUUUCAAGGUGUGGAUGAUAAAAAACGUCGCUGGGGUAAUACUGUUUUUGUGGACCCCUUGCCUGGUUAUGAUUCCAAAAAUUGGCAUAAGAGGUUUUUCUUUCUAAGUGCCCCCAAGGAUGUUGAUUUUCCUUCUCUCUGGCGGGUCCCUCAUACUACUAUUGCUAAGGUUUUGCUUUCGGUAGAUGAUUAUAAAGCUGUCCAUAAGUUUGUUACCGAACCAUUUGUGAGUAUUGCAGAGUUGAUUGUUCGUGAAAAUUUGAUUGAGGCGGGUGUCUGGAUUCUUGGUUCCUGUGACUCUUACUCUGCUUUUCCUGUUCCUUUUGUUCCUUCUGGUUUUAAGGCCUCUCCGAAGCCUGAACGUUCCUUAAAACGGAAGACUGGUGAAGGGAGUCCGGCUGCUAUUCCUAGCUCUCUUCUUGGUUCUGCUGGUGGCAUAAAUACCUUAGCUAUUUGGAGUCGUUCUGCCAAGAUUGAAAAGCUUGAUAAGGUUGAUAAAGCUGUGAAGUCCGAGAAAGUAUUGGCUGAGAAAGUUGAGAAGGCUGCUGGUAAGUCUAAGGGGGCUAUUUCUCAAAGGGCGCCUUUAGUUGUGAGGAGGUCUAAGAGAUUGAAAAGUGCUUCUUUUAAAGUAGCUUCCGCGAGUGGUUCUGAUAAGGGUGUGGCGGAGGGUUGUGUUAUUGAGGUUGAUGAGGAGGUUCUUGCUUCCUUUGUUUUCCCUGAUGAUGAGUUGCAACAGUUCUGUUCAGAGGGAAGGUUCUUGAUUUCUUCUUUUAUGGAUUUUAUUGCUGGGAAAAGUUUUUCUAAACCUCUGACGAGGUUGCCUUUGAAAGAUGUCGUCCGUCCCGGUUAUGAUGUCUGCUUAGAGGGUCCUUCCAUUAUUGGGCAUAGUUCCAUUGCCCGUGAAUCUUCUAAAUCCAUGCUGUUGGCUAGUGACAAAAAAUUGCUUUCAAAUUUUCCUUUGGAGGCCCUUCAUGACAUAGCCGUUCAUCAUUCUGCUAGUCAUAUGAAGGAAAUUCUCCUAGAUAAGGAAGAUUCCUCCUAUUGUGCUGCUGCUAAUUUGUCUGAGAUGCGGAAGAGGAGUAAAGAUCUAUUGAACUUGUGCCGCCAACUUCAUUUUGAGAAAACAGCAUUGGGAGCUAAUUCUAUUGAGGUUGAGAGGUUGAAGAAAGAGCUAACUAUGCUCCAAGAAUGUUAUGAUUUGUUAAAGAAAGAGAAAGAACUUUGCUCUUCUUUUGCUGUUGCUGAAAAAGCGUCUUUGGAGUCCUCUGUUUUGGCUUUGCAACGGCAGUUGGGUGAUCUUUCUUCUGCGAAUUCUACUUUGGAGAGGUUCGUCUCGAAUCUGAAGGUGCAGGUUUCCUCUCUACAAGCUUUGUCUUCUUCCAUCGUUCAGUCUUUUAAGGAGUCUCUAGAAGGUAGAGCCUUCGCUCUUUCUAGCAGUUUGGGUUAUUUUAAUCUUGCAAUCAAGCUUAUUAAGAUGCUGCUUCCUCGUCGUGGGCUAAUUGUGUCUGACCGUCUUGCUGAGUUUGAGGAUAUGGACGUUGCUGCCUUGAUUCAUGCUAAUCCGGAUUUGAAGAGAACUUAUGACCGAGGUCCUAGUGCUGUUUUUCUAGAUGAUUCUCCUAGGCAGGCAUCUGAAGGUACUGGUAACUCUUGGGAUGUGGGAGAUUCUGCCACAGCUAUGUGUAGCAAGGGUAGCUCUGUUGAUGCGGAGGUUUCACAGGGUGCCUCCCCCUCUCUGCCUGUGUAGCGAGCCUAAGAGCUGUGGAUAUUAUACCUUUCUAUUUGUUUGUGGACUUGUGGUUUUCUUCUUGCCUUGCUUUGUGCUUUUUAUCAAGACUAUAUAUAUGGAAAAUAUGUUUUCUUAUUUUCUAAGAUUUGUCUUAACCUUUGUGGUGCAUUUUGCGUGGCUUUUAUUUGGGUAUUUAUGUACACCCAAGUUUGCUCAUGGCUUGUUUCUUGUGUAACUUUUGCUUGGAUAUUUGUGUACAUCCAAAUUUGCGCGUAGCUUUAUUGUUUGUUUGUGUAACUUCUGCUUGGGUAUUUAAUGUACACCCAAACUUGCUCACAACUUCUUUUUCGCUUGCGUAACUUUUGCUUGGAUAUUUAUGUACAUCCAAACUUGCUCGCAGCUUUAUUGUUUGUCUGUGUAACUUCUGCUUGGGUAUUUAAUGUACACCUAAACUUGCUCACAGCUUCUUUUUCGCUUGUAUAACUUUUGCUUGGAUAUUUAUGUACAUCCAAAUUUGCUCGCAGCUUUAUUGUUUGUCUGUGUAACUUCUGCUUGAGUAUUUAAUGUACAUCCAAACUUGCUCGCAGCUUUAUUGUUUGUCUGUGUAACUUCUGCUUGGGUAUUUAAUGUACACCCAAACUUGCUCACAGCUUCUUUUUCGCUUGCGUAACUUUUGCUU